UCGCCUGGGAGCGUCUCGGCACAGACUGUCCACGGGGGGCCCUCGGGGAUCAAGUUCUGCCCUGUGCUGACCCGUAGCUCUCCUUCGCUGCUAUGUCCACUUCGACGACCUUGCGCUCACGACCCGACCUGAACCAACCAUUCACGAUUAUCUGCGACGCUUUGCACGUCGACGCGCGCAGCCAUAAACCUAUCUCUGUCACUUUUGGCAGCGUCGCGUACCGGAGCACUGUGACUGACUCUCACUUGCUCGGCCAGCGAUCAUCCCACUCAUCGGCAUUCACAAUCGAUUCAUCCGCAGACCGAUCCGCGCCGUGUCGGUCUUCAUACGGAGCGGUACUCGCCAGCACCUCGCGAAUCUGCGAGCUCCCGGUGCGCAUUAUCGAACGAGAAGCUGCCAGAGGCGUCUGUUGCAGCCAAGCUUGUGCGCGGCUCCGCUUCAGCUGCGUCAGCUGCAGCGCUCGAUCAACAUCAGUCAUUUGUUGGAGCAUUACAACACGCGCGCAACCCAACGCCUCUCGAGUGAGACUGACUGUUCUCGUGGCUACACUCAUCUGACUUGCUCAGACGCUGCAAUCAGCUUCUGCGCCGACCGUCGCGUCGCUAUAGUCAGACGCGCAAAUCCCCUCUGCCUGUUCAGACAGCAGGCAACAAGAGAAGCCACGCCCAAUUUCUUUUCUCCUGAAAGCGCGCUCUGCUCGUCAGAUUUGCCUUCACAGCAACUCCUCUGCCAAAGUCAGUGUCUACGAAUAACUGAAGGUUCAGCAGUCAGUAAGCAUCAGGCAGUCGCUGAUCACGCGCGCAGCAGGUGUGAUUUCAUGCCGACGCGGCCAGAGACUGCUGCUGCACCCAC